AACGAAAACCCUAUUUUCUCCCAUAUUUCGCCUGAUGGCCUCUCAUGUUGUCUCCACUAUGGAAGUCACUCGAUCAGGACCAAAAAGAAAUCUCCAUUGCUGGUCCGAGCUUCCUCUAGACCUCAUGCGGUUGGUUUUCGAUCGUCUUGGAUUUGCGGAUUUCGAACGAGCUAGAACCGUUUGUCCCUCUUGGUAUUCCGCUUCCAGACAAUCUAAGCCAAACAAUCAAAUCCCUUGGAUGUUUCUAAUCCAAAAGGACAAGAACUACGGUCUCUUAUUCAAUCCUGAAGAAAAAGACAAGGUUUACAAAACUCAAGAUCUUGGCAACGACUUUGGAAAGAGUUAUUGUGUGGCGACUUAUAGAAGCUGGCUUUUGAUGAUAACUUAUACGCGAGAGGUUUAUCUAUAUAAUCCCUAUAUCUUUGAUCUCUUAACACGCCAGAGGAUCAAUCUACCGAGUUUUGAAUCAGAUUAUGGGCUCAUCUCUCCGGUGUUAUGGAUAGACGAGAAAACAAAAGAUUACCUUGUUAUAGGGAUGUUUGAUGAAGACAAUGCGGUUUCUAUCAAGAAAGGAGACACCUCGGGGAAACCAAUCACCCAAUUGCAAUUUCCAUGUAUCUACGAGUGUUAUAACAUGGUAUACAAGGAUCACAAUAUUUAUUGUCUCGAUCAUUAUAAACUCACGAUUUUUUAUUUUUCCGGACAUGUUCCCUCGCAAGUUUUCGAAAUAAGCGUCGAUGGAUGUGUAAACAGAACAGUAGCUGGAGCCAUUAGACAUCCUGGGACCAUCCCGUGCAAACGCUAUUUGGCUUGUUAUAAGAAUUCUAUGGUAGUCACUGUAGAUGGAGAUGUUUUAAUUCUUAAUAGCGUACGUGAGAGUAUGUCGUACAUAUGGGACUUUAAAAUCUACAAGAUGGGUUCAUCGACGGGGAGCAAGUGGGAAGAGAUUUUUUCUUUGGGAGACGAGGCCAUUCUUUUGGAGUUGGGUAUCACAGUGCUUGCCAAGGACAUUGAAGGAAUCAAGAGAAACUCGAUCUACUUUAAUGGUUCUGAUUCAGUAAAUCCAUAUGAUGAAAUGACAUAUUCAUUUUCAAUCUUGAUACAAAGAAGUUGAAAAACUGAAUCAAUUUGUUUGUUUGUCCGUUCAAUGUUCUAAUGCACGAUGGUUCUUAGCAACUUUCAAACGUGAAUGAUUAAAAUAAUUAUAAAUAUGUUUACUACAUUUUUGUUUGUGUUUUUCAAGUUAUGAGGGGUUUGGAAAUAAUCUCAUUUGAUUACACUCGUUUGAUUUUCAAGUUUCUAUGUUUUAAAUUUUCAUGGUAUGUAUCUGAUUUUUAAUUUGUGCGUCUGAGAUUGUAUAACAUUUUAGUUUUGAUACAAUUCGGCCAAAACCAGGGGCGGACGCAUGAUUAGUGUUAAUUAACUGGGUUCAACAAAUAAAUAGAGAAAAAACUAUCAUCAAAAAUGGGUACAAAGAGGAAAUAUACCUAUCGUAUGAAGCUUCAAUGUGGGAAAUAAAUAAUGUAUAUCUUAAUAUUUGCGUGGUGUCAGGUGACACCCCGACCUGAUAUGGUACGCCCGUAACAAAGCCAAUUCUUUGUGUCUUAGCAUCCUGAUAGUGAAACACUGUAUGGUAAACCUAUACCCAAAUCAAGCGAUUAUUUAUCAACUUACAGAAUUAUUGGUCAGGGACGCGUAGAGAUAUCUUUGAAGACGGAGUUUGAGGAGCUCUGACGGAGAUGCAUCGGAGACACUUUCUUAUUUUUUAUAUUUUUCUUUUAUUUUUUGGUGGAGACACUUCUCUCUCUUUUCUUACAGUUGAGUCGCAUACACAACCAUGUUCUUCGACUAAUCAUCAAUCUCUCGUUUUACAGGAAGAAUAAAAGCUGUCAACUGGUUGGGUCAUCGAUGGGCUAGACUAGUCCGAUUUAUUUUAGACGGGCUAUGAAGGCGACCAAUUAAAAUAUCCAAUUGGACAAAAAAAUGAAUUGGUCCAUGGUCCAAUUGGCCAAGACUAAAUGGACAAUGACUGUCCAUGACUUCAGGAACAUAUUUCCAUGAUUUUAGCAAAAGAACAU